GGGAUACAUUGGGUGCUACUCCAGCUCUCCUCCAUCUUAAGAUACACAGAGACUGCUUCAUCUGACAGUAUAUGGGGAAGCCAUUUUAAGUGGAGCCCAACCUGACACACAUCGAAUCUGCUCUUUGUAGGGGUCUACUUCAACUGUACUCCAUCUUGAUAGACUGCUUUGCUUGGGAAUAUGAAAGGUUCUGCUCUGGUUCUUCACCAUUUUUGAAACAUACAGCUUCAUUUAGGAAUAGAAGGGGAUAUACACCAAGCUGUACCCCAUCUUGAAAGACAUACUUCAUUUAAGGACACAAAAGGACACCGUUCUGACAAUACCCCAUUUUGGGAUGCACAGAGAUGGCUCCAUGUAACAAUACUGGAGGUCCUGCUCCAACUCUAUGCCAUCCUUAGACACUGAGAGAUGGCUUCACUUAGGGAUGGUGGGGCUCUGCUGCAACUCUACUCCAUCUUGAGAGAUUGCUUUGUCUAGGCUUACUGAGACGAGAGAUACACAGUCUGCUUCAUCUAGGGAUACCAAGGAAAUUAUUCCAACUCUACUCUAUCUUUGGAGACUACUUCAUCUAAUUAUACAUGGACAUGUGUAAGUUAGGAUACACAGAGACUCUUUCAUCUAAAUUGACAAAGGUCUCUGCUAGAGAACAAUUGUGUUAGCCCUUCUCCAUCCCAUUCCACAUUUUCAUCUGUCCUUUGCUUCUCAUCUGGUCUGAUACUUGAAGAUUCAAUCACUAAUUUCUCAUCCUAAAAUACCCUCUUGGCUUUCCAACAUCUUCAUAUUCUCCUCAUCCUCACCAUUUCUCCUCAUCUUUUCUAAUUUCCUGAGAGGUACAGAAGGUCCUCCUCAUUUCCUCAAUUCAUAGGCUGCUCCAACCAUUCUACAUUCUUCUCUUUUCUUCCAUCUUAAGGGAAGUGAAGGUGUGUCUACUUUGCCUUUGGGCCCACAUGCAAGUUAAAAAUAUAUAAAUUAUUGUCUUCAUUUACUCUGUUUUCUUGCUUGGAGCAGCAAUUACUUCUUGCAAAUUCUCUACAUCCACAGACGCAAGGCAUUCUACCUGACUGUUCUACGACUCUCUGCUGACUCCUACAGGACAAAGUCAACAGUGUCCCUGCAGAUUGUACUAAAUCAAGGAGCAGGAGCAGAGAAAAAACAAAAGAAGAAGAAAAGUGAAAAGGUAAGGGAGCCAUGAAGGCAGGAACAGAAAAGACAGAAACACCUCUGACUCUUUUCCAAAAGGUGGUCCAUGAGGUGACUCACAAUGAGGAGAUAAGCCACCAGAUAAGGCAAGGUCGGCACGUUGGCCUCUACCAGCUGCGGGGAGAGAUUGGCCGAGGAAACUUUUCACAUGUCAAGAUGGGAGUUCAGGUUCUCUUGAAAGAAAAGGUUGCUGUCAAGAUCCUGGACAAGACCCGUUUAGAUAAGAAGUCCCAGAGUUUUUUUUCUUCCGAGAUCUCCUGCAUGGAACAGCUGUGCCAUCCGAAUAUCAUCCGACUGUAUGAGGUCCUGGAAUCUCCUAGCCAUCUCUAUCUGAUGAUGGAGUACGCUGGCGGAGGAGAGCUGUUCACUAAGAUCUUCACUAAGGGGCGCCUUUCUGAGCCGGAAAGUAAACACGUCUUCGCUCAGGUUGUCUCUGCUGUCAAGCACAUGCAUGACAGCAACAUCGUCCACAGGGACCUGAAGGCAGAGAACAUUUUUUACAUGACGUCCCACUGCGUGAAGGUUGGUGAUUUCGGCUUCAGCGCGGUCUCGGGAUCCAAUGACCUCCUGCACACUUUCUGCGGCUCCCCACCUUACGCCGCCCCAGAACUGUUUCGUGACAAGGGCUACCUGGGGAGGUACGUGGAUAUCUGGGCCUUGGGAGUCUUGCUCUACUUCAUGGUCACGGCAGCCAUGCCCUUCCACGAGGAGAACUUAGGCAGGCUGAAAUGUCGCAUACUGCAGGGUUCCUACAGCAUCCCCUCGUAUGUCUCCGAGAAGUGUCAAAGGGUGAUUAAAGGUAUGCUGAGGCCCGUCCCUGCUGACCGCUUCUCCGUGGCGCAGAUCUGCGGCAGUGCAUGGUUAAAAGGAGUUGAAUUUCCCAAACCGUACAAACGCUUUGAGCUUAACCCCGCACGUCGGCUGGACUGCCGGCCCCUGACAGCAGAGGAGCAGAUUGUGAAAAGUGUGUUAGUGGACAUGGGAAUAACAGAAGCCCACAUGGAGAAUAGUGGCUCCCGUGGUGCUGUCACAGGGAUCUCCCGUAUCCUGAUUCACCGUUUGCAGAAACGGAGAUCUGCCGAGGUGCUCAGUUCUUCUGCGAACUCUUUGAAAAAGUUCUCUACAAGAGCAUCCUGGGCCAGAAAUGUGUCUGCAGACGGGCAAACUACUUCAGCCAUUUGUGUCAUCCUGUGACUAGGAACCACCGGAUCAGUGAGUUCUGUACUUCCCGGAACCACACAAAGGCUUUGAAACCCUGGAAAUGAGUUU